AUGCUUCGACGCACCCCCACCACAAUCACCCUCACCCAGGCGGACAUUGAGCAGUGGGAAGCUAGCCGCCAACGCAAACUCCACGAGGCUCAGCAGAAGCUCGAAGCUGAGAUCGCUGCGAACGAAUCCAAUGCCGUAGCCAAGUCUAAGCAAAAGUCUACCAAGGACCGUAUCAUGGGUGGAACUGGAAAGGGCUAUUGA